UCGCUCGGGUGCGCGGGAGACUAUGGCGUCCUCUUCCGUCCCUCCCGCCACCGCACCCGCGGCUGCUGGAGGCCCCGGCCCAGGAUUCGGCUUUGCCUCCAAAACCAAGAAGAAGCAUUUCGUGCAGCAGAAAGUGAAGGUGUUCCGGGCCGCCGACCCGCUGGUGGGCGUGUUCCUGUGGGGCGUCGCCCACUCGAUCAAUGAGCUCAGCCAGGUGCCUCCUCCGGUGAUGUUAUUGCCAGAUGACUUUAAGGCUAGCUCCAAGAUCAAGGUCAACAAUCACCUCUUCCACAGAGAAAAUCUGCCCAGUCAUUUCAAGUUCAAGGAAUAUUGUCCCCAGGUCUUCAGGAACCUCCGUGACCGGUUUGGCAUUGAUGAUCAGGACUACUUGGUGUCCCUUACUCGAAGCCCCCCGAGCGAGAGCGAAGGCAGUGAUGGUCGAUUUCUGAUCUCCUAUGACCGCACGCUAGUCAUCAAAGAAGUGUCCAGCGAGGACAUCGCGGACAUGCACAGCAACCUGUCCAACUACCACCAGUACAUAGUGAAGUGUCAUGGCAACACGCUUCUGCCCCAGUUCCUGGGCAUGUACCGAGUCAGUGUAGAAAAUGAGGACAGCUACAUGCUUGUCAUGCGAAAUAUGUUUAGUCACCGUCUUCCUGUGCACAGGAAGUAUGACCUCAAGGGCUCACUAGUGUCCCGGGAAGCUAGCGAUAAGGAAAAGGUUAAAGAACUGCCUACUCUUAAGGAUAUGGACUUCCUCAACAAGAACCAGAAAGUGUAUAUUGGUGAAGAAGAGAAGAAAGUAUUUCUGGAGAAGCUGAAGCGCGAUGUGGAGUUUCUAGUGCAGCUGAAGAUCAUGGACUACAGCCUUCUGCUGGGCAUCCACGACAUCAUCCGGGGCUCUGAGCCAGAGGAGGAGGGGCCCGCACGGGAGGACGAGUCAGAGUGGGAUGGAGACUGUAACCUGGCUGGGCCUCCUGCUCUGGUGGGCUCCUAUGGCACCUCCCCCGAGGGCAUUGGAGGCUACAUCCAUUCCCACCGGCCCCUGGGCCCAGGAGAGUUUGAGUCCUUCAUCGAUGUCUAUGCCAUCCGGAGUGCUGAGGGGGCCCCCCAGAAGGAGGUUUAUUUCAUGGGUCUCAUUGACAUUCUAACACAGUAUGAUGCCAAGAAGAAAGCAGCUCAUGCAGCCAAAACCGUCAAGCAUGGGGCCGGGGCAGAGAUCUCGACUGUCCAUCCUGAGCAGUAUGCUAAGCGAUUCCUGGAUUUUAUUGCCAACAUCUUUGCCUAAGAGCCUGCCUGACUCCGUGGUGAUUGCUGCUUUAUGUUGAAGGUGGCGGGUUCUGAGAGUCUUGGGGGAACUGAAUUUGGCUACUACUCCUUCUCUUCUUUGCUAAAUUCAGGCUGCAGGCUCCUUCCCUCCAAAUCAUUCCAUCUUGGCGGAUAGGCUUUUCCUGCCCGAGAAAUACACUCUCCUUUCUCCCCUUGUCUGCUUUCCUGCCCGCUCUCCCUGCUCCCAGUAAGCCCUCUUGCUUCAUUAGAGUGUUGUUGUUGACUCUCCUAAGUGCCUUGAUCUUUGAAAAAUAUCUUGUUUCUAUGAAAUAGGAGGAGCUGGGGGUAGGGGUUGUUUGCCAUCUCGGGACCUGACUGGACAGUGGACGUGACUCAAGCAACUACCCUGGACGCACUUUGCUGUGUGGAACAAACUGAAUGUCUGGAUUUUGCUAAUACCUUUAUAGGGCUCUUUGUGGCAUGCUUCCUUCCUGUAGGCCCUGGAAUGGAGGGCUUUCAGGAGACUCCAGAUGUGGGUGCAGGCAUUCACACAUGGACAACCUGGCCUGGAGGUGAGGUGGGCAGUGGUCAGCAGGCUGGCACCUCACAUAGGCAGGACCUAAGUGGACUUUUGUGACUAUACAGAGAAUGGAGAAGGUCCCGUCAUCACUGCCCAUUCUUUUCCUCCACCCCACCCCACUUUGACUUGUACCCAUGAGUACUUCUGUGUCCAGAGCCCCACGUGGCCAGCAGUGCCCAAGCCUAGGGGCAGGUGUGGGGCCUCUGCUGCUGCACCUCCAGGAACCUUGCACCUUCUCUGGGGGUGGAGCCUUCGAAGGGGGGGCAUCGGAGGCUGGGCGGACAGGCCAGAGUACAAGGUUCAUUCCCUAUUGAAGUUUUCCUUCUUCCUGUCCAGUUACUCCCAAGGUCCCUUUCUAGUUCCAUGUGGGUCAGUUUCCAUAAUUUCAAGAGGUUAGAGAUCUUGAGUAUGGGAGCAUCCCCAAUCCCUGGACAUAGGUACCUAGCACACUUUGUCCCCUCUUCUCAAACACUUUCUCUAGUUGGAUUUGUUAUUCUGUUCCCUUCUGCCCCAUCUUUCACUGCUAAUGUGUCUCCCAGGGGACAGAUGGCCUCUUUGUCAUCUUCAGUUCCCACCCCCAGAGAGGAGUCAGAGCCAUAACUCAAUCACCCAGUCCCUUCCAAAGAUAGCUGAGUUAAUGCGUGAUAUCCUCAGAAUGCAGAGGAGCUUAGGCAUGGCAGCUCAUGCCUGUGAAACCCAGCACUCAGGAGGCUGUGGCAGAGUUGGUGAGAGUUCAAGGCUAGCGUGGGCAGCCUGGGCUACAGAGUGAGACAUGGUCUCUGGAAAACUCAAAAAAUGUAUGGGUUUGAGCACUGGAGAUUAUAACUCAGUCGGUAGAGUGCUUGCCUAGUAUAUACAAAGCUCUGGGUUCCAUCCCCAGCCUCGUAAACCAGGUGUGGUGGUGCACACCUACAAUCUUAGCACUGGGAAAUGAAGGCAGGGGAAUCGGGUAUUCAAGGUCAUCCUCAGUUGCAUAGCACGGUUGAGGCCAGCCAAGGAUACACGAGACUGUCUUGGGGAAGAAAGAUGAUGAGAUAGAUUGUCUUUGUCUCUGGAACCAAGACAGACCUCCACACUCUGGGGUGGGGGUAGAGGUGGACAGUGCUGUGUAGCUGGCCUGACCAGUCAGUCUCAUAAGCCAUGAAGGUCCUCAGGGAGAAGCUCCCCUUUCUCCUUUACACCAAAGUAGGCAGCAAAAGGAAUGCCCAGUCGGGUAGGAGGGACCUACCUGCUGGACCUCUUCCAGACCACAGUCACCCUUUUCCCUGUCGAUGCAAUAAAGCCCUGUGACACCAGCAGCCGUUCUUUAGAACUGGAUUCUCUAACCUUGAGGUUGUGUAUUAUGGGCAGCGUGGUCAUCUUCAUUUAUUGCUUCUGUUUUCCAUCAUUUUUAUUUUAUUAAUAAUAUCUGUAUUUACUCUCAAUAUCACAAUAAAAUAAAUUAUUCAGUCCUAA